UGGAGCUGCGCCCUGCUUGACAGGCUGCGCGCAGACAGCAGCCGCAGCCGCAGCCCAGGGCUCCCGGACAGCCUGGGAUCAGCUGCAGCGCGGCGGGCGGGUGGAGGCGGCGGCUGCUUCCAGCCAUGCAGCUCCCCGUGCGCUCCAGGCUGCUGCUCCUGCUCCUGCUGCGGGCCAGCGGGCUGCGGGCCGGGGAGCGGAGCAGCAGCGCCAUGGAGGAGAUCGCCACGGAGAAGGAGGCGGAGGAGAGUCACCGGCAGGACAGCGUGAGCCUCCUGACCUUCAUCCUGCUGCUCACCCUCACCAUCCUCACCAUCUGGCUCUUCAAGCACCGCCGGGUGCGCUUCCUCCACGAGACCGGCCUAGCCAUGAUCUAUGGACUCAUUGUUGGCGUGAUCUUGCGAUAUGGUUCUCCCUCCAGCAGUGGCCAUGACAAGCCAUUCAGCUGCUCGCAGGAGGACCGACCAUUUACAACGCUGUUGGUCAAUGUCAGUGGAAAGUUUUUUGAGUACACCCUUAAAGGAGAAAUAAGCCCUGGAAAAAUACACAAUGUGGAACAGAAUGACAUGUUACGAAAGGUAACAUUUGACCCAGAAGUUUUCUUCAACAUUCUGUUGCCUCCUAUUAUUUUCCAUGCUGGGUACAGCUUGAAGAAGAGACACUUUUUCAGGAAUCUGGGGUCUAUUCUGGCUUAUGCCUUUUUAGGAACUGCAGUCUCUUGUUUUAUUAUCGGGAAUCUCAUGUAUGGUGUUGUAAAAUUAAUGAAGUUGGUGGGACAACUCUCCGAUAAAUUUUACUAUACAGACUGUCUCCUCUUCGGAGCUGUCAUAUCUGCUACUGAUCCAGUUACCGUGCUGGCAAUAUUUAAUGAGCUGCAUGCUGAUGUGGAUCUCUAUGCCCUUCUGUUUGGAGAGAGUGUUCUAAAUGAUGCUGUUGCCAUUGUAUUGUCUUCAUCAAUAGUUGCCUAUCAGCCAACAGGUGAAAACACCCAUGUGUUUGAUGCCGCAGCAUUUUUCAAAUCAGUUGGAGUUUUCCUUGGAAUAUUCAGUGGCUCUUUCAUGAUGGGAGCAGUGACAGGGGUUGUGACAGCUCUGGUGACCAAGUUUACCAAACUGCAUUGCUUCCCCCUGCUGGAGACAGCUCUCUUCUUUCUGAUGUCCUGGAGCACUUUCUUGCUAGCUGAAGCUUGUGGGUUUACAGGUGUGGUGGCUGUUCUCUUCUGUGGAAUUACACAGGCUCAUUAUACAUAUAACAAUUUGUCAGUCGAGUCAAGGAGCCGAACUAAGCAGCUCUUUGAGGUACUGCACUUCCUGGCUGAAAACUUCAUAUUUUCAUACAUGGGUUUAGCCCUUUUUACUUUCCAGAAACACAUAUUCAGCCCAAUUUUCAUCAUUGGAGCUUUUAUUGCAAUCUUUCUGGGCAGAGCUGCACACAUCUACCCUCUCUCUUUCUUCUUGAAUCUGGGUAGAAGGCACAAGAUCAGUUGGAACUUUCAGCACAUGAUGAUGUUUUCAGGUCUUAGAGGAGCCAUGGCAUUUGCUCUGGCCAUACGAGAUACUGCUACUUACUCCCAUCAGAUGAUGUUCUCAACAACCCUUCUUAUUGUCUUUUUCACUGUCUGGAUUAUUGGUGGAGGCACAACACCCAUGCUGUCAUGGCUGAACAUUAGAGUUGGUGAUCAUGCUCCAUCGGUGGAAGAGAUAAAUGAAAGCCGCUGGCUGUACUUCAGGGUUGGUGUUGACCCAGAUCAGGAUCCUCCACCCAGCAAUGACAGCUUUCAAGUCUUACAAGGAGAUGGUCCAGAUUCUGAAAGAGGAAACCGGACAAAGCAGGAAAGUGCUUGGCUCUUCAGGUUAUGGUAUAGCUUUGAUCACAAGUAUCCUUUUAACAAGCAUUGCUUAGCUUCAAGAUAUGGAAGCUAA